GUAUUGAUGUAGACGAAGAUGGCGGAUGAACUAGAUAGAGUGCGGAUUUCAGCUGCGGAGCUACGAGCUGGAGCGUCGAACUUGAUCAACCACGAAGAGAGCUUGAGAGACGGGCGAGACGAGAGGCGGAGCCAGAGGCAGCGUGAGGGGAAGCGGCCGGACCUGCAGCGCUACCAGCCGACCCCGGGGCACACCCACCGGCAGAGAGACGGCGGGGAGGCCGCCAAGCAGGCCCCCCAGAAGCCGGACCAGCCCGAGACGGCGGGAGACUCCCCACCAGCCGCGGACGCUAAAAUGGAGGCUGACGCCAAGGCGCAACAGGGAAGCGCCGACACCGGGGUCCGAGACGCCGACUGUUGCCAGGACGCCAGCCGAGGAAACUGUCUGGCCGCCGUUCCCAAGGGCCUCGGCGCUGACCGCGGCCAGCUUUCCGGCGGAGGCUGCGGCGGUUCAGCGAAUCCCAGAGCCCCGAAAGCCGGCGCGGACCUCGGCGGCCGGCACGAUUCCCUUCACCGCGCGCGGAACGACUCCUCGGGCUCGAGCGGCCAGCAGCAGGACUGCCCUGACCCCAUCGCCAACGCCAGCGUCGGCGUGUCCCAGUCUCCUAAACCGGCGCGGCGGGUUCGCAAGCCCGACCGCGAGAUAUACCAGCCGGGAGGCAGGCGGUCACAGCAUCAGCAGCAGGGCGCCAGAGACACAGCUUCCGGCAAAGAGGAGCCGAAAAAGGUCAGCCAAGCCUUUAAGGAUGAUGGUGAGAGGGAGGAUCCUGGCGGGGGAAAACAGAGGGAGGACAGAACAAGGGUAAAGGACGGGAAAGAGGCGGAGGCAAAGAAGCCGGGGCAGAAAGCGGAGCAGGGGAAAGGAAAGAGGGAACCCUGUGAUACGCCCGCUGCACAGGAGUCCAGCACUGCUGCUGAAAACCUCUCCGGCAGGGUGGAGAGGCUGAGCAUCAGUGCUCCGGCCGGGGGAGAGGCUGAGGGGAAGAGAGGAGGAGGAGGGGGCGAGGAGGCAGGGGGCGCAGAGAGAAAGGGCAGGGGAGGUCGGAAGAACCGGGGAGGAGAGAGGGAGGCGGACCGGGAGCCAAAGAGGAGGAGCGGAGGAGGGGAGAGGGCCAGGGGCGCGGGGGAGAGGGAGACGGCGGAACAGGAGGACGAGCGAGAGAGGGACAGAGAGAGAGCGAGGGACGCAGGAGGGGUCAGAGAGAGAGAGAGGGAACGAGAGACACCCAAGGACAGAGACCGGCCCAAAGAAAGGGAUGGGGACAGAGACCGGCCCAAAGAAAGGGACGGGGACAGAUACAGGGUGAGAAACAGGCCAGGGGAGACAGAGCAGGCCCAGGAGGCGAGAGGCAGGCCCCAGCUCGGCAGUAAGGCCAGCCUGGCCUCCAAACGCUACUCCAAGUCGGACAAACGGCGGCCGCGGACCUACAGCACCAGCUCGGCCAGCAGCGGCACCAGCAUGGACGGCCCCGCGGACCGGGGUCCAGGGGGAAAGGGCGUGGGUUCCUGGCCUGGGUCGUCGGGGAAGGACAGAGGGGAACGCAGAGAGGACUGGGGGAGAGGACCCCAACCCCAGCAAAACAGGAGAGCGGUGAGAGACUUCUCCUCCACAGACUCUCUGGAGGAGUGCGAGACGGGCCGGCAGGGGGGCAGGAGGAGGGCCGCCAGCGAGAGGGACCGGUUCGGGGAGGAGGACUGGAGCCCCGACAGGAGGCCCAGAGAGGGCCGCGCUCACAGAGGAGGCCCCGCCCCGAAGAACGCGGUCGGCGGGAUCCUGAGGGUGUCCUUCGACAAGCCUUCGGCCGCCUCCCACGAGUCCUCAGACGACCCGCACCGGAGAGCGGAGGCGGGGCCUAGGGGCCGGGGGCGGGGCAUCCUCAUACUGCCCGCCCACACUAACAUCACCGCGUCCCCGGAGCCCGGGCCCAGGCUGCUGGUGGGCGGAGCCAGGGGCGGGGUCGGUCAGGGCAGGGCCAGGGGAGGUCGUGGGGGAGCCCUCAGGAGGCUGUGGGACCCAAACAACCCCGACCAGAAGCCGGCCCUGACGCGCGGCCAGCAGUUCCAGCAGUCGCCGCACCUGCAGCAGGGAGGCUACGGCCAGCUGCACUUCCUGGACACUGACGACGAAGCCGCAGGGAGUCCUCCCGUCCGCCAGGGGGACCCCUUCCAAAACUUCCCUGGUUCCCAGCAAGCUGUUGCCAUGAACGCAGCGGCCAUGGCCUUCUACAAGUUUCAAAAUUCGGACAACCCGUAUUGCUACCCAAUGGCGUCUAAUGCCUCUAGUCGCUACCCGUACCCAUACCACCUCCCCUACCAGAUACCCAGCACCAAUGGCAUCUAUCCUGGCCCGGCCACAGCCUCCUACUAUGCUGGGUUUGGCCAGGCUCCCGGCUCCCAGGGCUACCCCCCGGCCACGAGCCCGCUGACCCCAGAGGAGAUGGAGGUGCAGGCCCGGAGCGAGCUGGUCAAGCUGCUCCGUGUGGCUGACAGUCAGGAGCUGCAGCUCAGCAACCUGCUGUCCCGUGAUAGGCUGAGCCCGGAGGGACUGGACAGGAUGACUCAUCUCAGGGCUGAGCUCCUGUCUCUGUACGAGCGAGUCAUUCUGACGGACAUCGAGUUCUCGGACUCGCAGAAUCUGGACCAGGCUCUGUGGAAGAACGUGUUCUACCAGGUGAUCGAGCGCUUCCGGCAGCUUCUGAAGGACCCGGCGGCGGACACCGCCCCCAGGAUCAGGAACAUGCUGCUCACGCUGCUGGAUGAGGGGGCUGUGUUCUUUGACGCACUGCUGCAGAAACUGCAGACCGUGUUCCAUUUCAAGCUGGAGGACUACAUGGACGGCCUGGCCAUACGCGCACGCCCAUUACGCAAGACGGUGAAGUACGCCCUGAUCAGCGCUCAGAGGUGUAUGAUCUGUCAGGGCGACAUCGCCAGGUACCGCGAGCAGGCCAGCGACUCCGCCAACUACGGCAAGGCUCGCAGCUGGUACCUGAAAGCACAGCAGAUAGCGCCCAAGAAUGGCCGACCCUACAACCAGCUGGCUCUGCUGGCGGUGUACACGAAACGGAAGCUGGAUGCUGUGUACUACUACAUGCGCAGCCUGGCAGCCAGUAACCCCAUACUGACUGCCAAGGAGAGCCUGAUGAGCCUUUUCGAGGAGACCAAACGCAAGGUUGAGCAGCUGGACCGCCGUCAGCAGCGGGACUCGGAGGGCGGUUCCCGGGGCCCCAGGAGCGGCACGGGGCGCGGGGAGGAGGCGGCGCGGGUGGAGAUCUGGAUACGCCCCAGCGGACCCACAGGGAACGCGUCCCGCACCGGGAGCGAGUCGGGGCGGGACUCGGAGCAGGACGGAGAGCUGGGGGCUCUCAGCGCCAGCGACCUCAACAAGAGGUUCAUCCUGAGUCUCCUGCACGCUCACGGGAAGCUGUUCACCAGAGUGGGCAUGGAGACCUUCCCGGAGGUGGCUGGUCGGGUCCUUCAGGAGUUCCGUGCCCUGCUGCAGCACAGCCCCUCCCCCCUGGGCAGCACCCGCAUGCUGCAGAUCGUCACCAUCAACAUGUUCGCCGUGCACAACGCCCAGAGCCGGGACGGCCCGGGGGAAGCUCGCUCGGUGCAGCAGGAGCAGACCACCGCUCUGGGGCUGGCCAUGUUCGGCCUGCUGGUGCGCCGCUGCACAGAGCUGCUCAAAGACACGCCCACAGCCCCCCCGCCGCUGGAGGAGGCAGAGGAGGGUGAGGAAGGGGAGGCGGAGGGCAUGGUCCGGGUGUCCUCGUUCCCAGCCGACCUGAGGGAGCUGCUGCCCAGCGUGAAGGUGUGGUCAGACUGGAUGCUGGGCCACCCAGAGCAGUGGAACCCCCCGCCGUGCGGCCUGCCCUCCCCUGCGGGCUCCAGUCCCGACGUGUGGCAGUGCCUGGCGGACCUGUGCAACGCGCUGGCGUGCGUCUACCACGGGGAGGCGCCGCUGUACAAGGCGGACGGGGACGAGGACCUGCGGCUGCUGCUGCUGGAGGAGGACCGGCUGCUGGCCGGCUUCGUGCCCCUGCUGGCCGCCCCGCAGGAGCCCUGCUACAUCGACGCCACCGCCAACACCGCCAUCGCUGCGGACUGCAAGCGCGUGACGGUGCUCAAGUACUUCCUGGAGGCUCUGUGUGGGCAGGAGGAGCCACUGCUGGCCUUCAAAGGUGGAAAGUAUGUGUCGGUGGCCACACUCCCACCUCCCGGCCUGGGAACGGAAGCCGGGAGCCACCGGGGAAAACAAGCAGACAAUCAGGACGAUGAUGUCAUCGUGGAGGCGGAGUCGUCGCAGUCGGAGUGCGACGCCGAGCCGGAGGGCGGGGCCAGCGGCAGCGAGGACGACAUCCGGGAGCUGCGGGCGCGGCGCCACGCCCUGACACACGAGCUGGCGCAGCAGCAGAGACGCCGCGACAAGAUCCAGGCCGUGCUGCAGACCUGCCGGCAGCUGGAGCUGGAGAUCCGGCCGCUCUUCCUGGUGCCCGACACCAACGGCUUCAUCGACCACCUGGCCGGCCUGAGGAAGCUCAUGACCUGCGGGCUCUACAUCCUGGUGGUGCCCCUCAUCGUGAUUACGGAGCUGGACGGGCUGGCCAAGGGGCAGGACAACCGCGGGGGCGCGGGCGGGGCGGGCGGCUCCAGCGGGGCCCACGCGCGGGGGGUGCAGGAGCGGGCCAAGGCGGCGGUGGGCUUCCUGGAGCAGGCCUUCGAGGCGCGGGAACCCUGCCUGAGGGCCCUGACCAGCCGGGGGAACCAGCUGGAGUCCAUCGCCUUCCGCAGCGAGGACACCUCCGGCCAGCAGGGGAACAACGAUGACCUCAUCCUGUCCUGCUGCCUGAACUACUGCAAAGACAAGGCCAAGGACUUCAUGCCCACACAGAGAGAUGAACCGGUGCGUCUGCACAGAGAGGUGGUCCUGCUGACCGACGACCGCAACCUGCGGGUCAAGGCCCUGACCCGGAACGUCCCGGUGCGCGACAUCCCCGCCUUCCUCAGCUGGGCCAAAGUGGGCUGAACCAGGACCGGCACGGGUCAGCCACAAGUACUACAGCAACAACAGCGGCCACGCAACGCGCGGAGGAAGAGUGACUCCAGACCAAGACUGAGAGAGAGGAAGAAACGCAAGCUUUUUUUAAAAAUAAAAAAAAACAUGCAGAAUGGGGGCAAUCGGGGAAGAAUGACAUUUUUUGGAAUGUGAAGGAAAAAAAGCUUUUUUUUCCUCUAGGCCGAGAGCAAAAAAUAAAAGCACCUGACUUGAGGAAGAUAGAUAGAUUGAGUUUAAAAUGAGAGGAGUCAGACUGGAGGGACUCUCACGGAACAGAUACAAGAAAGAGAACGUGUGAUUUUGAGAGUCUCAGAUCUCGCUGUUGUAUGUGCAGUGUGUGUCUGCAAGCUAUAAAUGACCUGAAGGAACGGCGGAGAGAGAACGAGAGAGAGAGAGAGGGAGGGAGAGGGAGCAA